AUGAAGUCUGCAAAUCCAAAACAUAUUUCCAAUGGAUAAUAUUGAACAUUUGAAGUUUCCUGGCAAUAAAACUGUCAUUUAGGGCAUUAGGCUUCCACAAUCUACUACACUGCUCAGAUUGGACGAAGGUGGGGAAUCUGCUGUCAGUGAACUUUGAAGCCUAAACAACAAUGACUAAGACCAUGCAAAGUGUAAGCUAGACAUUGUAAUAAAGGAUUGAUCUGCAUACUGCAGUCUUGCAGAGACAAAUGCCCGAAUGCCUGUCACUCGCAGCACACGAGCGUCCCCAAACAAGGUCAGCGCUGACAUGCGGUGUGUUCUACAGUAGCUGACAUAGUGAUGCUCUCCCAGCGAAUGGAGGUAUCAAAUUAACUGGUGGGAUUCUUCUCCAAGCGGACCAUGGCAGCGACUAAAGCUUCUAAAGAGCAGAAAUACGAUAGACAAUUGAGAUUGUGGGGAGACCAUGGUCAAGAAGAACUUGAAAAUGCACACGUAUGCCUGAUCAAUUCCACAGCAUCCGGGACUGAAAUACUCAAGAACCUUGUGCUUCCAGGCAUUGGAGCAUUCACUAUUGUCGAUGGACACAAAGUCUCCGGGGAAGACGUCGGAAAUAACUUUUUUCUUAGCAGCAACAGUAUAGGAAGGAAUCGAGCCCAGGCUGCCACAGAGCUGCUACAGGAGCUGAACACUGAUGUAUCUGGCAACUUUGUGGAGGAGAGCCCAGACAAGCUCUUGGACAACGACCCAGAAUUCUUCCACAGGUUUACCCUGGUGAUUGGUGUCCAGCUGCCAGAAAGCACUUGUUUGAGACUGGGGUCGGUGUUGUGGAAUGCAAACGUACCUUUCCUGGUGUGUAGAACGUAUGGCCUCGUCGGUUACAUGAGGCUAGUAGUGAAGGAGCACACAGUGAUUGAGUCUCAUCCAGACAAUGCCUUGGAAGACCUGAGGCUUGACCAACCUUUUGCAGAACUCAAGAGCCACAUCCAAUCCUACGACUUGGAGGGAAUGGGGAAGAAGGAUCACGGUCAUACACCAUGGAUCAUCAUUGUUGCCAAAUACCUAGAAAAGUGGUUCAGUGAGCACAAUUUUCAGUUACCGAAGAACUACAAAGAGAAGGAGGCCUUCAAACAGCUUAUUCGGCAAGGAAUCCUGAAGAAUGAGAAGGGAACUCCCGAGGAUGAGGAGAACUUUGAGGAGGCCAUCAAGAACGUCAACACAGCCCUUAACCCCACCAAGAUUUCGAGCGGCGUUGACGACCUCUUCAAUGGAGAGCAAUGCAAUGACAUUACAUCACAGACUCCAGCCUUCUGGGUGAUGGCGCGAGCAGUGAGGGAUUUUGUGCAAAACGACGGCAGCGGAAACCUACCUGUGCGUGGCUCCAUUCCAGACAUGAUUGCGGACUCAGAGAAGUUCAUCAACCUCCAGAAUGUUUAUAGAGAGAAGGCAAUGCAAGAUGCUUCUGUCGUGUCUAAGCAUGUAGAGUCUCUCCUGCAGUCUGUUGGAAAGCCCUCAGAGAGCAUAUCUGAGCAGGACAUCAAACUAUUCUGUAAGAACGCUGCCUUCCUGAGGGUGGUGCGCUGCAGGUCUCUGGCUGAAGAAUACAGCGUGGAGACGGUCAAUAAAGAUGAGAUCACCUGCUCAAUGGACAGUGCAGACGGCGAGAUGGUGUUGUACCUUAUGUUGCGCUCUGUGGACCGUUUCUAUCAGCAGCACUCCCGCUACCCAGGUGUCUACAAUUACCAAGUGGAAGAAGACAUUAGCAAGUUGAAGCUGUGUGUGAACAGCCUUCUGCAGGAGUACAGCCUCAACGUCAGUGUGAAGGAUGACUACAUCCACGAGUUCUGUCGCUAUGGUGCUGCUGAGCCACACACAGUGGCAUCUUUUUUGGGAGGAUCGGCUGCACAAGAGGCCAUCAAACUCAUCACUCGUCAGUUUGUUCCCUUCAACAACACGUUCGUCUACAAUGCCAUGUCCCAGACAACUGCCACGUUUCAGCUGUAGAAAGCUUUUUUCCUCCUUAAUGACAUGCACUUAACCCCUCUGUAAAAUAUACGAAUGGAAUGUUGCAGCAUAGUACAGCGAUAACUGAAAGUUUGGGUAGAUGGAACACUUUGUUCGUACUGUACGUUUCCACAUAUUAUUAUGAUGUGGCUGAAUGAAAAAGGAAGUUCUGAUAAACUGCAGGACUGUUUCCGAUUUACUUUUCAAUGUUCGUGUCUUGGCUGUUUUUACUGUUUGCUCACACAUUGUUGCGCUUAUUAGGACAUAAAAUAAAAAAUGUUUUUUCAAUCUGCCAAAUUCAAACCAUUCAAGAAAUGUCCUGGGGUUUGAAUUAUUUCCUCUAAAGAAAUCCGGCACUAAACAGACAAUGAAGUUUUGAGGUAAAUACAUGUGGUGUAUAUUAGAUCCCCCAGGGAAGACUUAUUGUGCUCCAAUGUCUUGUGUCCUGAUGGGCAACAGUCUGGAUAUGGUCAUUUACAUUGCCAGCAGUAGGGGUCACAUGGGCCUGUCAAAAUUAAAAUGAGCUGACUAUCAUGUGAGCUUCAUGAUGAACAAGCAAAAUUGCCACUAAUUUGACCAUUAUUGUGCACAAUUCCCAAGACAUUGGCCCUCAUAUGGCCUGAUGGUGAUAUAAACUGAAAGAAAAUCGGUACCUGUUGACUGGUAGAAUAACCCCAACAUUACACAAGUGUCUAGAUGUAAAAAAAAGAAUCCACUAAGCUGUGUAAUAUAUUGUUGGUUUGGUUCCUCUCCCAGUUCAGAUUAUAGAGUGUGUGUGUGUGGAGUGGUGUUAGUCACCAAAUGCGGUGUGUGUUCUGUGGUGAGCAGGCACUCUGCUGACUCCACACUUGGAGCAGAAACUCACCAUAAAGAUGUCUUGGGAGUACGGCUGUUUUCUCCCCCCUUAAUGAAUAAAAACACUCUGUAUUUUGUUGCAGUACAUAAAUCCCUGCGUAGUUCAUGAUAUGAAAAAGUGAGACAUUUGUGUAAUUUCAUUCCGAUUACAUUCAGUAGAGGGUGCUCUUUCCCAUGUUUGCGGGGUGAACAUGUUAGGGUAGGCACACUCAGGAUUAUUGUGUUGAGUGAAUAAUUCCUGAAUGCUGACUAUAUAGCUCAUGCUCUACCAGACAUCAUUACCUAUAAGAUGUUAAUGAGAAGCCUGCCUAAACCAGUUAUGUUGAUUAGUCACCAUGUUCUUGUUCAAUGUCCCAGUCUCUGGAAACGUUGCUGCUGCUCAGUAACAUUGAGAACAAUUAUGGCCACUUCAUUGCCUACAUAUGAUCUGAUUUGUGUUGCAGCCAGCCAGGGCCCUAUAACGAGAGAGUUUGUAUACUGAAGGCCUCUGUUACAUAAUGUUGGGCUGCUUUUGAGUAUGCGUUGGUUGGUUGCUUAGAGGGCACUGACAUGUUUUUCAUUUGUUGUGUUUUGCCUGCAGGAUUUAGCUGAGUGGAAAUUUGCCCUCUGCAGAUUUUGUCCUUGUAAGACCCCCGCCUCCUUCCUGAGGAGGACGGUGCAGAUCACGGUGUUCGAGCGGCCUGCCAAGAUGUACUUAGGCCAUUUCCCAAACAGAAAGUUUCAUCUUCUAAGAUUAUUGUGUUUGGAACGCCAGUUUUAUUUAACCAGGCCUGAAUCUAAUCUACACGCACAGUUGGGGUUGGACUGCAUGGGCUCUAGGCAGGAAGCAGGAGCCCUAAUGGUGACUUUUUGACCUUCACCGCUCCAUCUGUGGAUGGGACAGACUGUUGGUAAAAUGGCUUGGCUCCAACUCUAUCUCCAGAGACAAUUUUUGUCUCUUCUAAUCCUGACAUUUUAGGAUAUUUAUUUCAAUGUUGCGAUUUUAUCUCAUCUCUUGAUCUGAGUUGCUAAUCGCCUGUCCCAUAAGGCCAUGUGUCUCAAGUACAAACCUGAUUUUAUCUCACCCGGUUUCAUGUCACUUGCCAAUCUUCCUCGGGCUACGCAGCUAGGCUUUAUAAUCUGCCAAGCCUCUGAUGUGAUGUCUCUCUGGCAGUUUAUUUCUCUUCGAGGACCUGUUUCCCAGCUCCAGUGACCACAUGAGCCCAGCUGAGAACAUCAGUCAAACCUAGCUGGUGUGUCCAGCGCUCUGCACAGCUGUGUCAACACGCCCGCAUGACGGUGGAGACCAUUUCAGACACACAGAGAUGGCUUCAAUUACCUUUUUCAUACUCAUUGUGCAGCCUUUGUCUCACUGUAUCAGGGCCCGCCAGCUGCUUGUGUCUUGAUGGAUAGGCACAUUGGGCUGCACUAUUGGGACGGUCUGUACUAAUGAUAACAGUGGAAAAUAAAACGGACCUGAUCCAUGUACACAAUG